GUGAGGUAAUUAAUGAACGUGACAGGUGCCAAGCUUGUGUGGGCAGGAAAGUUAUACAGCAGACCAAAAUCUUGGAAGUGCAUGUCGACAAGGGUAUGAGAGAUGACCAGCGCAUUACUUUUCGCGGAGAGGGUGAUCAAAUGCCGGGUGUUGAGCCUGGUGAUGUCAUAAUUGUUCUCCAGGAAAAAACUCACGAGACUUUCCAGCGUGCAGGCACUGAUCUCUUAAUGAAGCACACUGUUUCACUUACUGAAGCCCUGUGUGGAUUUUCGAUGGUUGUGAGGCACUUAGACGGGCGAAAUCUCCUCAUUAAACAGCCUCCUGGAUCAGUCUUGCAGCCAGGAUGUGUGCGAGGUGUGGUAGGAGAAGGCAUGCCCAUUUACAAGAACCCAUUCGAGAAGGGUGACCUCUAUGUUAAAUUUGACGUUGCAUUCCCAGAAAAUUAUUUUGCUACUGAAAAUAAACUCAAGGAAUUAGAAAACCUACUAGGUGGACGUCCCCCAGCAGUUCCUAUCCCUGCUGAUUCAGAGGAAGUAAACCUCACAGAGUUCGAAGAAAACUAUAACUCGGGGAGCUCUCAAGGAAAUUACUAUGAUGAGGAUGACGAUCACCCACAUCUUGGAGGACAGCAUGUACAAUGUGCACAUCAGUAAGAGAUCUGCCAGAAUGGGAUGCUGCCGAUGAUGUUCCCUUUGGUGUGUGCACCCGAGGCUAUGCAUUCAGUGAACGCCAUGGUUUAGUGUGAAGAGAAAACUUUUUCAAGUCAUCCGCCAUCCUUACCUGGAUUAUCUAGUAGCAUUAAAAUCACAUGUAGACUCCCCAGGUAUAAUGCACACAUCAAUAUCAUUGUAUCCUAUUAAGUUGGGCUUUCCCUGAAGUCACUGUAGGGUUGGAUAGGAAGAGAGCAAGCAGUUCGGUUCUCUUCCUGGAAAGCAACGUGGUAUACUUUGAGAGUAACUCGUAUCCAUGCUUUGGGAUUGGCUUAGUUAGGUUCGUUUCUCUCAUCACACUUGUUUUCCUUUUCUUUGUCUGUUGUCUUUGCUCUUCUGUAUUUUAUUUGAAGUAUUAUUUUUUUCUUUAUUUUCUCUUCUUUUUGUGGUUGUGUGAAAUACUUGAAUGAUAAUCUGUGCAUCAUAACGUGACCGUAAGGUAAUAUAACUAAGGCUUUGAUGCUUGAACUAUUGAUGUAAGGGAAACCAGCAACAUUUCUUUCAGUUUUAAUCUGAAAGCCUUUUUACCCCAUGGAUGGUAGUGACAUUGUGUUGUACAGUUUGUGAUAUGACAAAAGUAACAACCAAAGAACUGAUGAUGAGUGGAAAUGCACGGUGCACUGCGUUGUCAUAGCUCAAACGACUUUCAAAAAGUGAUCAUUCCUAGCUAAGACUUCGUGUUUUCCUAAAAGCCAUUCCCAACAGCUGAUUUGAGACUGUGUGUAAAACUGCUGCUGCUUUAGUGUAUGCUUUUUCAGUUCUUUUUCUUUUUCUUGUCUUUUUUUCUUCUUAAUUUUCUUGAAAAGAGAGGCUCUAGAAAGGGAGGAGGAAAGUUUAUGAAUUUUUGCAAUAAUUUCAUCAGCUGUGAAGUAAUUUAAUUUUUUUUCAGUGUACUUUUUCAUUUUCCUUUUAUUUUUUUCAAGGUUUUUAUUAUCAUCAUGUAAUCCUAUUUAUAUGAAUGUAUUUAUCGUUAAUAAGAUAUGCAACACGAGGAAAGAAACAUUGUAAAUCUUUUAGAAAUAAAUAUACCUUGUAAUACAAAGUCUUUGGUUCUAAAGUGCCAGUAUUUGAAAAGGGGAACAUAUUCUUUUGCUCUUAUCAUCUAUGAAUUGACUUCGCCCAAGAUUAUCUAAGGAAGAUGUCAACCAAAACAUUCCUAUGUGAAGAGAUUACCCCUCCACCCAUUUAAUGUUAAUUUUCCCAUCCCAAGUUAUGUACUGUACAAGAAACAAGGUCCACUAACAUGAUUUUCUUUUGUAUUACAAAGUGUAACAUGAUAAUUUGUAUGAUUUGGCUCAGAUGUAUGCAUGCAGAAAUGUGUGUGUAUAUAUAUCCAAGAACAGAUAUAUAUAUAUAUGUAGAUUUUUAUGAAAACCAAAAACAGAAGGGUGAUGCUAUGCAUAACCUCCUGGGCAUUUAUGAGACUCAAAAUUCCAAUAAACGUAUAUCAGUUAUUUUUUUCUUUUUCAUUUUCAAUCGGCAUGUAUGCAGGAAUAAGCAAAGGUUAUUUUUAAUCAUUUUUCCCUAUGUAAUAUGAAUAAGAGCACUAAAUAUUUUCAUUCUAACACCAGUUGCUUCAAGCAGAUAUAUAGAGUGAUGGUGAAACAAAUGUCAUCUCUUAUGCAUGAAAAACAUAAUUUCCCUUUUUACAGGGCUUAAGUACUUGUUUUGCAUAACUGAUUAGGUUUUAACAUCACUAUUUAGAAAGGCUUUUUCAGGCUCUCUUUCACUGUAGGGAGAUGGGGUCAGUGCCCUAAGGUACGAUCCACAGUAUAGUUCCGAUAGUCAAGAAGGUAAAUAGGGUAUAUUUACAAAAACCAAGAACUGACGUGUAUGUUGAAUCUUAGUGGGAAUAAGUAUCAUACUUUGAUUAAAAAAUAGUAUUUGUGUGAGACUGACUUCUCUCUUUGUUUUAAAUAUUGUCAUUGUGUAAAUUCUCCUGAAAAGGUACUCCAUAUUUGCCAGAUAUUUUUCUUUUUUUUCUUUUUCUUUUUUCUUUCUUUUCCAUUCUCUUUACAUCCAUUAAAAACAAGUCCUGUUGUGUUUCCAGGGUAUAUUUGCCAGAUUUUUUUUUCUUUUUCUUUUCUUUUUUUCCUUUUUUUUUUUACAUCCAUUAAAAGUCCUGCUGUGUUUCCAACCAUUUAACCCAAGUGAAAUUUGGAUAUGAUGUUAAGUGGCAGUUCUAGACAAGCUUCAUAAAAUCUCAUAACUCAAGUUAGAAAUGCAUCUGUAGAACCACAUACUUGAUAUUAUGAUUAUUAUUUUAUUAUUUGAUAUAUUUUAUAUAAACAUCCAUUAUAAAGGAAUAUUUACCAUAUUCAUUUUAUAUUUUCAUUGUCUCCCAAGUUCUAUUCUAAUUAGUAAGCCCUUCAGUUUUUUAUUUCUUUGGCUGCUGGAAAUCCUAGAUGUAAAAAUGUUUAGUAUUUUCAUAUAAUGUGCUCUGUGUAUAAAGUUACCUUACCAAUCCACUGUCAUAAAUGAAAAAAAGUUUAUUUCUUGUUGCCUGGUAGAUCAUUUCAGGUUUACCUUGAAAACUGGUCCCUAUUUUCUUCUGAGAUCAGGUCUUUUAUUUCAAAAUGUGUGUUUUGGAUGCACCAUGUAUAGAUAAUAUCAACAGCUGUGAUUUGAAGAUGUAAAUACUGGUAGAUGUUAUUUACAUGAGUCCUUUCUAUGAAGUUUCAUUCAGGUGUCUUCAUUCAGAACUGUUGAUUUUGUCAUAGAUUUAUUUCCAUUUUCUUUUUAUUAUUGCCUCAAGUAUUAUUUCCCUAAUGGCUGGAGAACCAAGUACCACCCAUACUUUAGAGCAGGGGUUCCCAACCUGGGGACUAUGGAGCAAUAUGAAAAUUAUGAUGUCAAAUUAGACUGAAUUUUAUCUCGCAGUACCGCCAUAUUACUAUAUCUCACAUAUCAAUAAAUAGGAAUUUUUCCAUAAAGUUUUCUUAUAGCUAUCGACUCCAUUAUACCAUUCAUAGCAAGUAAUAACUGAAUCUGAAAAGAUGAGACACUUAACAGGGCCAUGGAUAUUAUUACACAUUGAUCGGGGGCCACAGAAUGAAAAAGGUUGGAAACCACUGCUUUAGAGUAACUGUACUUAUUUUAUUACCUAUUCUUUAGGCAAGAUUUGUAUAUGCCCUCCCAACUAACUGAAGGUUUCUCAGGAUGGUACCAGGUACUGCACCUUACACUAUAUAAAAGGUAGAAUAAUUUGUAAUUCUACCCUGAUUUGUGUAUCUGAUGUGUGCGCAGUCAUGCGUUUAGUUCUGUGGAAAUAUAUAGUAUAGAUAUAAA